ACUACCGUGCUGCUUCUCUGCUUGGCUUUCAGUCUCUACGGCUGCAGCACCUCCUGUUUUUGUGUUUGUAAGAGACACCACUUGAACAGCACCGCUGGAUAAAUGAAACCGAGGAAUUUUCCUGUUGCUUAAGUGGGAAGAGAAAAGGAUAAGUUUCUCAGCUGAAGAGACAUGUUUUUAACGGGAGGAGAGAGACUACCGGCCGGGCUGUCUUCACUUCCAACAAGCGUUAGAGCUACUUUGAUGCAGCCGCUUAGCUAACAAGCUAACUGGAAAUGUUUUCAGAAACUAGCCAGAUUGUUAGCGUGCUAGCUAGCUAAACCUGGGGGAUACGCUGUUUAGAUUGAGUAAAUAGUUGAAAUUCCUCCUUUAAUCGUCGAUGUAUUAAGCGAAAGAAGAAUGGAGACAUCUUGAAUUAGGUAUGUUGGAUGUUUAAAGCUCCACUGUCUUCUUUGUUGCUAAUUUCCAGCAGGGACAAUAAGUAACUGACCAGGCAACAAGUCUGGCACACUAAUGCUUUAACGAUACACAAGUUAGUUCUCAUGAUGUGUAAUGUUGAUGUCUAUUAUAGCGGGUUUCUGAUUGACUAAACAUGAAUGUUUUGCGGUAAAAAUUAGCGUUCUCAGCAAAGUAAACAUGGUACUCCUUAGAAAGUGGGGUCCCACUUUAACGUUAGAUCCCUAUUUUUAGGUGAUCCGGGCCACUCUGUUGUAUAGGAGAACUGACGCUUGUGAGUGGAUUCAACUAUUGACGAGGAGACUAGGUGGAUGAACAUUACAAGUCGCCCACAUGCUUUGGAUCAGUUCCCGGACUUGUGAAAGGCAUCUGAAGCAGAAGGUGGGAGACGUGAGCGCACAGCCCUUGCAGCCCGGGGGAAGAUGGCGGAGCGAUCCCACAGGAGGUGGUGAAACCAAAACUUGGGCACUCCUUGGAUUUAUCGCCAGACAUCUUAUCUCAGAUCUUAGGACACAUGCAGGCCAAAAAACGGUACUUAACCCUGUUCUCCGCCGGCGCGUGUCUCAUCCUGUUGUUUUUCUUUGGGGGGAUACAAGUACCGCUGUCCAGACGGGGUCCCAGCCGGCGUGAUGACCGCAGCCUCUCAGGGGCGCGGUGGCGUCGCUUCCCGGGGUCCCUGCAGCCUUUCAGCUCCUGGGAGCAAGACCAGAGCGAUGAUCACAAUGAGCACAUAUCUCCAAGGCAGAAGAGGGACGCUAACUCAGGUGUUUACACUGGAAAACGCUGCAGGAUGGAGUCCUGCUUUGACUUCUCCCUGUGUGAGAGGAAUGGAUUUAAAGUGUAUGUCUAUCCCCAGCAGAAAGGGGAGAAGAUGUCAGAGAGUUAUCAGAACAUAUUGUCCUCUAUUGAAGGAUCCAGGUUUUAUACACCUGAUCCAGGGCAGGCGUGCCUGUUUGUCCUGAGUUUGGACACUCUGGACCGGGACCAGCUUUCACCCCAGUAUGUCCACAACUUGAAAGCAAAAGUCCAGAGCCUUCCUCUGUGGAAUGGGGGAAAAAACCACAUCAUCUUUAACUUAUACUCUGGCACCUGGCCAGACUACACAGAGGACCUUGGAUUUGACAUCGGGCUUGCAAUGUUGGCCAAGGCAAGCAUCAGCACAGAAAACUUUAGGCCCAACUUUGACGUUUCUAUCCCUCUUUUCUCUAAAGACCACCCAAGGACAGGAGGGGAAAGGGGCUACCUAAAACAUAACACUAUUCCCCCUUAUAGGAAGUACAUGCUUGUCUUUAAGGGGAAGAGGUACCUAACUGGAAUAGGUUCAGACACUAGGAAUGCUUUAUAUCAUGUUCAUAAUGCAGAGGAUGUGGUUCUUCUCACUACCUGCAAGCAUGGGAAGGACUGGCAGAAGCACAAGGAUGCACGCUGUGACAAAGACAACACAGAGUAUGACAAGUAUGACUACAGAGAGAUGCUCUACAAUUCCACUUUCUGUCUGGUACCUCGAGGACGACGGCUGGGCUCCUUUCGCUUCUUAGAGGCUUUGCAGGCUGCUUGUGUGCCAGUGAUGCUGAGUAACGGCUGGGAGCUUCCUUUCUCAGAGAUCAUUGACUGGAAUACAGCAGCUGUAAUGGGGGAUGAAAGGCUGCUAUUACAGAUUCCCUCAACAGUACGCUCCAUCCACCAGGAUAAGAUCCUGUCCCUGAGACAGCAAACCCAGUUCCUGUGGGAAGCUUACUUCAACUCUGUGGAGAAGAUAGUGCUGACCACACUGGAGAUCAUCCAGGACCGGGUGCUGCGGCACACCUCGAGGAGCAGCCUGAUGUGGAACAGCCUGCCUGGAGGCCUUUUCACCCUGCCUCAGUACUCGACACACCUGGGGGAAUUCCCCUUCUACUACGCUAAGCUGGGUAUUAAACCGUACCCCAAGUUUACAGCAAUCAUUCAUGUGGUGACUCCAUUGGUCUCCCAGUCUCAGCCAGUUAUGAAGCUGCUUGUGGCUGUGGCCAAAUCCCAGUACUGUGCUCAGGUGAUCGUUCUGUGGAACUGUGACAAGCCUCUUCCUGCCAAACACCGCUGGCCCGCCACCUCAGUCCCUGUCAUCGUUAUAGAGGGAGAGAGCAAGGUGAUAAGCAGUCGUUUUCUUCCCUAUGACACCAUCCCUACUGAUGCUGUUCUCAGUCUGGAUGAGGACACUGUGCUCUCCACCACAGAGGUUGACUUUGCCUUCACAGUGUGGCAGAGUUUCCCAGACCGCAUCGUCGGCUAUCCAGCCCGCAGCCACUUUUGGGACAGCAACAAGGAGCGGUGGGGUUACACCUCCAAAUGGACCAACGACUACUCCAUGGUGCUGACUGGGGCUGCCAUCUAUCACAAAUAUUACCACUACUUGUACACCACCUACCUUCCAGCCAGUCUGAAGACCAUGGUGGACCAGAUGUCCAACUGCGAGGACAUUCUGAUGAACUUUCUGGUUUCUUCGGUCUCCAAGCUACCACCAAUCAAAGUCACCCAGAAGAAACAGUAUAAGGAGACCAUGAUGGGACAGAGCUCCCGGGCGUCUCGCUGGGCCGACCCAGACCAUUUCGCCCAGCGUCAGACCUGCAUGAACAAGUUUGCCAGCUGGUUUGGCACCAUGCCCCUGGUCCACUCUCAGAUGAGAUUGGAUCCGGUGCUGUUCAAAGACCAGGUGUCCAUACUGCGAAAGAAAUACAGGGACAUCGAGAGGCUAUAACCCUCCAGAGCCCCUCCCGCACUCACUGGACACAACAAAGGUGGAGUGAGGGAGGGGCAGGAAGUGUAAAGAAAUGUGGAGACUUUCCAUGAUUGCAUAGGACGGAUCAAUGGAGAAGCAAAUGGGAUUUCAUGCAGGGAGAGAGGAGAGGAAAAAACACUAAACAGAUGUGGAGGACGCCACAUUCACUGCUCUCCUCUGUUGUGUCGUCCUUUAUUUCUCCUUUAAACUUUCUCUUUUGUGUAUUGGAGGAAAAGCUGAGCGCACAGGUCCCUCUCUAUACACUAAGUCCACCACCGACUGAAGGACACCUGAUGACUUAAAAUGUGCUUCACUUUGAACUAAAUUUCUCAAAGUCAUGGAGUUUGAAAUCCCAGCUUACUGCUUCAGUGGCUAUCAGCUAAAAAGACGCUCUUUUCCUCUCUGUACACUCUGCACAGGUUUAAGAAAGUUUUGCUGGCAGGAUAUUAUUGAUAAUUAUGGCAAUGAAGAGGAUAACACUAUUUUGGAUUGUGUCUAGCUAUUUUUAUACAUUGGACAAAUGGCCAGCACUACUCUCUCUGUAUUGUCUUAAUGAGCAGGGUGAGUGAGGAAAGAAUUCCUCGACCACAGAACUGAGCUGUUAUGAUCUGAUAUUCACAGUGCCUCAAGUUUAUCUAACGGCAUUGGGAUCGGGGACUUGGUGCAGAAUGAGCACCUUGAUCUUGCUGCUUUUUUUGUUUGUUUGUUUGUUUGUUUGUUUGUUUUUUUUAUAUAAUUUGUUAUUUUUCUCAUGAUUGAUGGAGCAAAGGAUCUCAUAGUGAAUUCUUCAGGUCAGCAUUCCUCGCUGAUGUGUAAUGAAAAAAUCAUUUCAACUCACUCAACAAAGAAAAUUGUCUCUGUGCCAUUUCACUUUUUUCCUGUUAAAAUCAUAGCACUCUUUCAAAACUAGCUUGAUUUUUCUCGUAGGAAAUUGUACAUUUUGACAACCUUUGCAGUCUAAUACUAUCCACCAACAGUUGUGUCAUAAUUUCGACUUUAAUGAAUCUUACACAUUUUCAGUUUUUGUUGCCAUUGUCAGAUUUAUGAUCAUUGUACUUUAAAUUUGUCAUUGAAGUCAAAGUAAGUGCUGUUGAGGAGCUGGGGUGAAUUAUGUUUGUGUUUCUGAUAUUUUGCCCCUUUCUGCUAAGGGGAGGCCAAUGUUAAGAAUCCUUUUAUGUGCCCUCGCGAUCACUUUCUGAGGUGCACAUGUUCAACUGCACAAUAAUGCAAAUAUUUAAUCAGCCAAUCAUAUGGCAGCAACCAGUGUAUUUAAGCGUAAUAGUAUGGUCAAAAUGAUGUACUGAAGUUCAAACCCAGUAUGGGGAAGAAAGGGGAUUUAGCUUUGUGUUACUGCCUUUGCAGAUGACACAGAUUUGAUGAAUUGUUUCUGGCCCGGACACAGUUUACACUUCACCGCCACAUUCUUGUCCUUUUGUUCGACAAAGCCAAAGAAGUGUUCACAUCUCUUUAGAUCUAACAAUGCACUUAUUUGAACUGCUCUGCCUUUCCCCUCUCCCUCCUCCAAGGAUUUGCGCUAAUGUGUCUAUCAACUGGAUCAGUGAGUGAUAUGUGAGCGCUGAAGGGGCGCCUGAUUUGUUUUCUCCGUGCUCCCACUUCACAUGUAGUUGUAGUUUACAGUAAUGCAAGUAACAAGAUUAUUAUUUUACAGUAAGUGUAAUGUGAUUACUGAGCUAGCAGAAGUAACACGUUUGUACCAUAUUACACCAAACACUGGAGUUCAUAGAUGCUACUCUGCACACCUCGGUUGCAACAAGUGUUUGUUUGACUUACUGUUGCCUUUUUGUCAGCUCAAACCCAUCUGGUCAGUCACUUCUGCCAUUAGUGAGGUAUUUUGGCACUAAGAACUGCUGCUCAUUGGAUACGCUCUCUUUUCAGACCCUUCUCUGAAACCUUAGAGUUGGCUGUGCUUGAAUAAUCCCAAUAGAUGAGCCUGAAAUUCUCAGACGACCCCGUCUGCCACUAACAGCCAUGCAACAUUCAGAAAUCACUUUCCCCCUCUACUCUGAUGCUCAGUUUGAACUUCAGUAGAUUGUCUCGACCGUGUCAACAUGCCAUAAUUCAUUGGUUGCUGCUGUUUGGUUGACUGAGGGAGAUCUGCAUUGACAGGUUGAACAGGUGUACCUAAAAAGUGACUAUGCAAGUGCAUAAUACAUUCCAGUACAACACUGUCACCCGUUAUGACUUCAAUUACAGAUAUAAAGCAGGAUUACAAUAUUUUGACCAUGUCAAAAAAAUUGAAAUUGAAGAAGCUAAAAACAGUAAAACUUCUGAUUUCACUGCUGUGGAUCAUAUGGGGGGUCUUAAUGAUCUGGCUAAUCUGUGUGAACCUAAUAACUGUCAAUAUAGACAGAAUUGAUCUCUUAUUUUAGUAAUAAAUCUUCAGACUCAUUUUUCUCUUAAAGGCUCAUAUGAUGAGCUGAAAUUGGUACUUGAAUAUGUGCUGGCCUGAAGAACAUUAAAUCAUAAGAAAUGCCUCAGUUAAGAGAGGCUGCCAAUCGCGCCAACCAACGCUCUGUUUGAAACACAAACCACUGUGAAAACUAGAAAGUGCAUCUUUUUGGGCUUUGCUUGCGAGAGAUAUUUAUAAACUUAUUGUCUCUCUGUCUUAGACCCAGUUUACAUCUGUUCAGUGACAUCUUUGGCAUCAGCCCAGCUUGACAAGUACUCAACACAAGCUCAAACUUGUUUUCAUCAAACAGUGCUCAAUGGCGUCAGAGCUGCCAUCAUAUUGAAACAACUGGCAUGUUUCAUUCACUUGUUAUGAACAAAUAUGAGCAGGACAAGAUUUCAAGCAUUUGUACUGCUAUAAAGCAAAGGGAUUAGAUAUGCUUCCAAAUGAGAGGCAUGCUGUAAUAAGUAAUUAUUCUCAUUGGUGUUAAUUCUUCAGUAUAAAUGUGUGAAAUUAGAAGCUUUUCAAAUGUGAGUAUAUUCGCAAAAUGCUAAUUUGUGCCUCUAAUAAUCACAGAUUUAUGUCAGCCAUUCAUCCCUGAGAGCUUUAGAUUGGCAGUUUGCGCUCAAGCCACAUUGAAAUGAGAAAUGAUGUAAUACCAGGAUGUUAAAAUAUCUUUCACAGCUCAAGUUGUCACACAAAUUUAAAUGGUCUGAUUUAUUCCCUAUCUGAGCAUUGAUGCCAAGUGUCAGAGGAAGAUGAGACCGGGUUAUUUGCAGAGCGAUCAAUCCAUAUUUGGUUCUGUAAACAUUCAUCCUUCACUUUAUUGCCACUUGAUGUGUCAUAUCAGGUUAUCUGAGACAUCAGUUGAUAAAUUUGCAGUGUACACCUGUGUUUUUAGAAUCACAUGGCAUUAUCAGUUUAAGGUUUAGAUGCAUGAUGAAUUCCUGUGAAACCAGCAACAACUCUAGAGAUCCAAUCACUCGCCAUCAAACUUCCUCUGUUCAGUUCAUGUUCAUUUUAAUGAAACUUAAAUCACUUUUGUGUCACUGCUCUGUACCCAUCGGCUCAACCUGUGCCAACAGAAAUUAUUUGAUUUAUCUUUUUUCUACCUUUUUUCAUCAGAUAUAUGGAAUGCCACGUAUUCCAAUAUUUACAUGGUUGGUUUAAGUGUCUUUUGUUAUUAGAGGUGUGUUUCCACCAGUGGUCCAGUCUGGUUCAGUACAGGUUCACGUGUCGGUACAGUAAACCCUGAUCUUGCUUACAUUUUUUCGGCCGUCCAGCUUCGCUCCUGAAGAUGAGAGUCCUGGCUCUUUUUAAAGAUCAGGAUCGUUUGGCUUUGCUCAGUAAUAAAGUCAGUCUUUCAGCUCAAACAGCUCUUCAUGUGAUAUGGUUUUGGAUUUUUAAUGUGUACUAAACAUCGAUAAAAAAGACAAAAAGCUCUCUCACAUGAGGGGCGUUUGCAUUAAAAAUCCGUUAACAUAACUACGGCUCUUAACUUGAGCUAACCAAAGGUUUUUUGCUAAAUAUUCCAUCACUCUUUAUUUGAAAAUGGUGGAUUGCUAUCUAUCUCACAGUCUUACAAGAAGGCACAGCUUUCAAUUUACAUGUCGAUCUAUGUUCUGACCCUCACCUAUGGUCAUGAAUUCUGGGUAAUGACCGAAAGAAUGAGAUUGCGUGUCAGCCUUAGAGAAAGGGUGAGGAGCUCAGACAUCCAGAGGGAUCUCAAAGUAGACCCGCUGCUCCUUCACAUCGAAAGGAGCCAGUUAAGGUGGUUCAGGCUUCUGAUCAGAUGCCUCCAUGUUGCCUCCUUGUGGAGGUCUUCCAGGCACGUCGAACUCAGAGGAAACCCCAGGGCAGACCCAGAACUCACUGGAGGGAUUAUCUAUCCCAUCUCGCCUGGGAGUGCCUCUGAAUCCCUCAGGAGGAACUGGAAAAUGAUGUUGGGGAGAGGGACAUCGGCUACCAACGUAACAUAACCCUGGAUAAAAGGAAGAAGAUGGACAGACGGAUCUGUUUGUGUGUUUGUGAUUGUUCAUAUUGCUUCAGACACAAGAAAGUGAAGACUCUUUCAACCAAUCAACUGAUUGCAGUGAGUGAAGCUCCAAUCUUUAGGGUUUUUUUUUAGGUAUGCCUGGUACUCAACAGAAUGCUGACAAAAAAGUAGGAUGGUACAGAUUAGUUGGUUUGGUCCCUUUUGCCACUUCUUAACAGCAAAAUUGCAAAUAAUUGCACACCAUACUGAACCAAACUGAAUCAGACCGCCUGGUGGAAACGCAGCUCUAAGAGUGUGAAAUGUGUGAGAUAAAGAAGCAGUAGGGAAGGAGAGAGUUACAGCAGAGCGGUGUGCUGUUUUUCACUUCUGAAAAUGUGCUAUCAGCUCAACAGCAUAUAAACAAUCCUCUUAUUACUAAACACAAAGAUUUCAAGACAACUGAAUAUGAUUGUUAACAGAAACUCAUUACAGAAAUGACCUCAGUGCAAUAUUAAAGACGACAUUUUCUGUU